CUUUGUUUCGUGAAUUAUUGGUCCACACCAUAUUCAAAUGUCAAAACGCAAAAAUCAAGUUAACCACGAAGAUUCCGACAGCGACUCGGAAGACACUCCGACGUUCAUCGAUGUAGAUUUCGAUUUUUUUGGCUUCAAUGUAACGAUCGACUACCAUGCCAUCAAGCGUCUUCUCGAUCAGCUCUUUGGUGUAGACGCUGAGGGUCUCAGCACGCACGCUCUUGCGGACCUGGUGCUUUCACAGCCUGACAUAGGGACCACGAUCAAGACUGAUGGAGAGGAAAGCAGCCCAUAUGCAUUCUUGAGCAUUUUAAAUAUCGGUGUGCACAACGACAACGUGUCUAUAAAGUCGCUCGUAGAGUACAUUCUGGCAAAAUCGAAGGGAGAUAAUGCCUUCCACGAAUCACUAUCGACGGUACUGCGUGAUCCACAGUGUCAAGUAGGUCUCGUUCUAUGCGAAAGGUUGAUCAAUAUGCCUGUUCCGGUGAUACCUCCCAUGUACCGUAUGCUCGUAGAUGAGCUCAGGGAUGCAGUCGAAGAGAACGAACCCUUCAAUUUCACACACCUGAUUUUCGUAUCACGUGUAUACAAACUUACUCCGGAAGAGGAGGAAGCAAUGACUAUCGCCCGACAACAACCAGGGAAAGCGUCAAAAAGACAGAAAUCUCAAAACUCGAAUGAGGAAACGAACGACAGAAGCCCGGAUGGAGUAUACCCAUUCCAUCCAGAGGAUGAGGAAAUUCGAAAGAUUGCCUCUCAUCAUCUGAUUUUUCCGUAUUCAAACGCCCAGCCACGUAAUGCAGAGUCAUUUGGAUUAGACACGGCUGGACGGUUGAUGCUUGUGCCAGCGGCACAGCUCACAGAGCUGGCAAGAGUACUCGGGGAUGUAUUUCAGCCACCUGGAAAUGUGUAAACUGUCGGCAUGCGCCAUCCUCCCCUCAUUGGGCGAAUGUUGAUCUGUGUUUCGGUCGAGAGAUACUCUAAGUAUAAACAGAAACAAGUAUUGGAAAUAAAAUAGCGACAGCAUAUGUAUGACCUACCUUAUUUUCAUCUGCCUGAAAAAAGCACAACAUAAUAUACGUACAUGCUAGACCUCGAGGGUCCUGUUAUUUGUGCGUAGGCGAGCUUGGGAGGUACACUCAGACUCAUUUUUGUGCAGG